AUUCAACAUGUUACUGACUACGAUAGGAUUUUAUCGAAUUUGCUCGACAAGACUCCUCCRGACCAUCCUGAUCGAGAGGACCUGGAACAUGCAGCAACCAACUUUAGACGAAUCGUUAGAGAAAGAGAAGAAGAAAUUGUUACAUUUGAAAAUGAGGUUAGGAUCAACCAAGUCCAGGAUAAAUUCCCACAUGACAAUCUAGCAAUCACGGAAGGAGAAGCGCUACCGCGAUACCGUAUGAAUGCAUCGAGAAGACGAUCAGCGCCUUCUGCAGUGCUAAAAGCAGCCCUUGUUCCAAAACCUCAUUUAGCGUUAGUUAGAGGCAUUCCUUUAGAAGGUGGAAGUCUGAAAAUCAAGUCAGACAGCUCUUCAGACGCUCCACAUUCAAGGCACUUUGUACAGGAAGGAAGCGCUCAGGUCACUACGGGAGUUUCGACACAAGARCGUCACCUAUUUCUAUUAAGCGACUUGCUUUUUAUUGCUAAGGCAAAGUCGGCUGCRACGUACAAGYUGAAACAUCGAGUACGAGUUAGCGAGUUAUGGYUGUCUAAUUGUGUCGAUGACGUCAGUGAYUCGAGACCUGUYGAUAAAUCGUUUGUUAUAGGUUGGCCUACUACAAAUUGUGUAUUUACCUUCAGCUCGACCGAGCAACGUGAUUCUUGGUAUUCUACAUUGAAAAAAUACACAACCAUCCAAAAAGCUGCUGAAGAUCCUAAGUCGGUCACACUGAAGGUCUACAAUAGAGACAUGGAAGCAACUGAUUCGUUUGGAGUUUCGAAGUCCUUCACGGUAAACAACACGGAUGAUGCUUCGUCGGUAGUAAAAAUGUCCUUAGAACAAUUCCAAAUUCAGACCGAUGAUGCAAGUGAGUAUCAUUUAUGGGUUUUGUCAGGAAAAGAAAAUUGUGCUUAUCCCCUUCUUGGUCACGAAUUCCCUUUCGCCAUUAAAAUGAAUCACAUCCGGGAAGGAUCGUCGUCUGAUGAUGAUGGCCUUGGUGUGUUUGACUUCGACCAGCAAUUACCAUCAAUGGACCCAUUAUCACCAAGCACACAGUGUCAGUUUAUUUUGACUAAGAGUAGAAAGCCUUCUAAGCUGUCUUCCAUGGACGGUCAGCAAUCAUCGAAAAAAUGGACAAAACAGAUCAAAAAGUCWCCCAUCAUUAACUGGGCAAUGCACAAGAAGACAUCAGGAUCGAAAAACCAAUGCCCAGAUCCCGGCUCUCCGCCAGCUGGAAAACUAUUUGAGCUACCUUUAGAUGUUCUUUGUACCGAAGAAGAGCCUGUGCCUAAACCUAUACAAGAUAUUUUAAAGCAUAUGUUUAGGUUUGGUCCCGGGGUCAAUGGUAUCUUUAGAAGAUCAGCCAGCGCAAAAAGAGCAAAAGAGAUCAAACUGGAUCUUGAUUCAGGUAAAGAGGUUUUGUUUGAAGAAGUCUCGGUCCUAAUCACGGCUUCGAUUUUAAAGGAGUUCCUGCGAAGACUACCAGAUUGUAUUCUGGAUAGUGACGAUUAUGAAGAGUUUAUAGCUACUAAUAAUAUCGGAGAUCGAAAUGAAAGAAUUAAAAAUAUUAAGUGGUUACUACAAAAUUUAAACGUGUACAGUUUUGAAAUUCUCAAGCGAUUUAUGUGCGUAUUGUAUCAUAUAGCCGAAAACUGUAAUAUCAACAGUAUGAACGCUUACAACUUAGCGGUUUGUGUUGCACCGAGCAUGCUCUGGCCUCCAAAGGGAUCGAACAUCUCCCCUUCUGAGCAAUCAAACGACGUUCCUCCAUUUGUCCAAUUUCUCGUUGAAAACUGCACUGAGAUUUUCGGAGAGGAYGUUGUAACAGUUCUAGGGGAUCGUAGUGAGAUCGUACUAAACCAGGACUCAAUUGGAGCUGAGAAUGGUAUUGAGAUUAGAACUUUCAAUAGCCAGUCAUCAACUGAUGAUGGUUUAGAAUCACCGGAUCCUCUUAGUCCUCGAAAUGAGCGAAGCUCAAUACAUCUUAGUGACUCCAACCUGUACGAUCCAAGUGGCCGAUCAAAAAAUCUCUUGUCAGCCAAUGUGCCCGAGAGAAACAGCGUCAGUUCGCCAAAUACACCGUGUGGCUCUCCAAAUUCGUCGCCUAAACUUCGGAGGCAAGGAAAUUUUGAUGAUACCAAGGGGAAUCGGAGAAGUUCCGAACCGUCCGAAGUGAAUUCCGAGUCAAUCAAAAUGAAGAUUAAAGGCAUUCGGAAAUCAGCGCGAUCGCGUCGUCAAUUGAGCAGCACAACAACUAGUGCUGAGCUAAUAGAACACAAAAGUACWAAAACAACACCAAGUGGAAAGCGUAUUGAAACUGCGGUUUUAAAGCGGGCACAUUCGCCAAUGACCGUGCAGGCAACCCCUGUGGAUGGACCAACUAUUUUGAAACCCAUUUCAAAAUUUGGAUCGGCUUCAAAUCUUGUAGCGACAGCCAAUAAGGUUCCRGCWAUGAAGCACGCCAUUMGAACACAGUCGAGUGUAAACGAGGAAAGGGUAUCAUCUCCGGAUAACACCGGCUUUCGGUCACCUUCACCUACAAUGACACCUGAUCAAGUGUUUCAAGCUGUGGAUCGAAGGCGUCAACCCGCSGCGCCCUCCUACCACCAACAUAUGCUUAGGAAAAUUGGCAGUAAACCUGCAUUCUUUCAAGGGAAAAGCGAAUCAGAAGAUUCCAAUCCUGUGAAGCAUGCAAGUAGAGAAACGGAGAAUCCCUCGCCGAAGGUUUUCAAUCGUUCGUUUAGUGUUCCAAAAGAAGAGGCUAUUUCACAGGAAAAUGUAGAACUUUCACACAGCGAGCCAAGCUCUCCCAAGACCCCAAAAUCCCCAACGAUAAAAUUAGAAGAUGAGAAUUGGACUGAUCAAAGAGAUGAUCUUAGCACUAGUUCUGGUGGCUCGACUGCACGAAGACUCGAACACUCACCAUUUGGUCUUAGUUUGCAYCACAAACGAAGCGACUCGACUAAAAAGGUGCAAAAAUUCCAAAAUCAAGGAAAAACUAAGCAAAAAUCUCCCAAUGAAAAGCAGAUACUUCCCAAUGGAGGGAAUGCRUCUCAUGCUUUGUUUCCACACUCCGAAUUCUUUCCUCACGAAGCUACACAAGCAAAAACACAAUUUAGUAGCGAUCCUUCGUCUGCUGUWAAGUCAUCUUUCGGAUCACCCAUGGAAAUCAAUAACAAUCCGGUAAAAGUUUCGGGAAUCAAGCGAUACUCACCCGGAUUAACACAUCCGUCAACUUUGUCUACAUGUGCAAGUAGUCCGGGAAUCUCACCUUCGUUGAGUCGACGGAAAAACAGCCACACAUCGUCGUCAUCUUCGGUGUCUAGUUCGGACGAUCGCUCCAGCGUCGGUACAGAUUCGGUAGUUUCCGAAACAAAAUCGACAUCAACACAAAUAACAGACUUAAAGGAUCUUCUUAGUGUACAAGCUCAAAGUAAUGGCUUGAAAAUYAGUGCGGCAACAGCGGUGGAGAUAGCGAAAGUUAAGGAUUUAAGAGCAACUGGCGAAACUCGACAUAACCCWGGAUAUACAUCACCUAGUCAUGAUGACAUAGCRAAGAUGAUGUUUACAGAGGAAUCCUACGUGUAAUAUAGAUGUUGAGUAUUUGGAAUUAUAGUCAUAAAUGUUUCAUUAGGCAAUCUGUUGCCAUACGGGAUUUGCUUUGGAAUGUCACAUCACCUCAUCACCUCUAGAAACAGCCGCUUCACUAAGACUAUUAGAAAGAGUACUUCAGCAUUGURAAAGGUGUACGUUACAUUAAAUAUCAAGCCAAAUAUAUUAUUUAUCGUCCUGAAAAACGUAUUGGCUUGUAAGCACUUGUCUGCCCUGGAAUUUGAUACAGUUUUUWGAUCUAGAGGAGAUGAGGUCACAUGACUUUACAGUGCAAAUCGUGCAUGUACCGUUAUUCUAUUGAUAGAAGAAUUAUAAAUAUCAAAAAUAUGAAGUCAGAAAAAAUUUGAUACAAUUUGUGAGUAUAGCCUAUAUCAUGRGCGCUGUCACAAAAUAAAUAUGUUUGCCCUUUUURGGGUUUCARUAUUAUGGAAAUGAAGUUCCAGUUUCACCCAUCGAAAAGUUAAACCUCUAGUACAACAGACCCCUGUCAAUCCAUUCUCGUACCCAGAUCCUUCUCACUUUCCAACGAAAAAUCGAAGACUCURGUUAAGAACGUGUGAGUCUUUGAUUUGUUUGGUUCAAAAAUUCUCAUGAGCCACCAGAUGCUUUUAUCUUACGACCCAGAUUCUAGGUCUUCCGGUGUAUCGUAUCCACCCAGAACCUUCGAUUUUUCUUUGGAAACUGAGAGGAUCUUGGUACGAGAAUGCCUGUCAAUCACCUUCAUACCGGGGAGAUCUAGGUACGAGUAUUCUAACGAGUCACAAAGGUUAUAUUCACAUCAAUUAGACUAACUAGAAAGGUUUUAUUAUUCAAAGAAAAAUCAAAAUUGUUAAAAAUCGUACCUCCGCAAUCCGCAUACCAGGUCUUUGCUUAAAUUAUUGUAAACCUUUCUAAAUUUAUCAAAACGAYGCAAAAAUUGAGGAGGGUCUCUUUUGAUAUAUACUUCUUUCUAUUAUUUCCUUAAAAUCAUGAUGACGAUUAUCGGGCUCGUACCUAGUCCUCUCUGCCGGGUAGUGACUAAUAWUUGCACAUUCUUUUCCAAAAUGCAGUUCUUUUAAAGCGAAGGAAGCUAAUCAUAAUAUUUGACGUCAUAUUUUGUAUUCCUGUUUCAAAUGAUGUUGAUUUUUAGGAAAUAGUCGAUCUGACACUAGUUGGGACUGUGGAGAUUUUCUGUUACGUUUUCCUUUGCAUUUUCUUGCUCGUAUUCUUGUUUUCAUUCUUGUUAUUGUUCUUUUUCUUGUUCUUCUUUGCUCUUGUCUCGUUAUUCUUGUCCUUCUUGUUGGGGAUGUGAAGAUUUUAUGUUACGUUUUUCUUCGCAUUUUCUUGCUCAUAUUGUUGUCUUUAUUGUUGUUUUUGUUCUUUUCCAUGUUCUUCUUCUUGUUCUUCKCUUUCUUCUUGUCCUUCUUGUUCUUUUUUUCUUUAUCUUGCUGUUUUUCUUCUUCUUCUUCUUUCGCGUUUUGAUCUUUUUGUACUUCUCUUUGCUCUUAUUCCUUUCUUUCUCUUUCCAAUGUAUCUUCCAUUACAUAUUGAGCACCUCUUAACUAUGGCAGAUAUAAAAUCAAAUAAGUUUUCACAAUUCCUGUCAGUGUCAGAUUGGUAUUUUUCCUGAUGACCAACCUAGUUGAAAUGGGUGUAAAGUCUUAAGUCACAUUGACUUUUGUGCUCCAUUAACUACAAUAAAACAAAGAUUUCCGAAAAAUGCGAUAAAGAGAGACUUAGACGCAACCAAUAGAAUCCAAUAGUCAAAGUGCAGWAAAGAUAAGAUAUGUAAAAGAAAUGGAUAAAAUAGGGUCUUUGCAGAACAUGGUCACAUGACAUAAAAUUGAAAUUAUAGUCUCUAAAGAUGAUAAACACUAGAUUUUGAAAAAUUAUGCAUAAAUUGAUAAUAGGUUUUUAUUAUCAAUUGGGCACAAAUUAUAUAAAUCAUUUUGGAUAGCAAUUAGUAUGCAUUCGGCUAUAAAAACAAUUUUUAUUGAACCUAGGAGAAGGUAUGCAAGAUAAAAUUAUCUUUCCUUAGUUGACUCGGAAUGUUUUUAUAACCAUACACAUCAUUAAUAGCUGUCCAGCAUGGUAGAUUUUGUAUCAUGUGACCAAUUGAUUCAAAAGGCAUAUUACCGUGAAUUUUUAAUCCUAAGUGCUGAAUGAUUGGCAGGGCUUACCAGGUAGUCAYUGCCAUGCAAUCCCAGUUAUUUUUAACAAUUCCUGUAAAGGAUCUAUAGCAGUCCAAUUCAAUUCUUAACUCUUGAUUGUCAUCGUCGCUUGACAAUGAAAUUUGGAAGAGAGUUUCCCAUUGGCCUUCGUGCAGCCGAACCAAAGCACAGUAGUUUUGGUUCGGCUGCACGAAAGGUAGUGUCCCAGUUACUAUUACUAUUCCUGCAUUGGGAUCUUUGUUUUAUACUGGUUUUCCAUGGGGCUUAAUAGAAUAGAACUUAUCGAAUGUAAAUAUGGUUGUAUGUAACAAAGUAAUUAUGAAAAUGCCCUUUGCAAUGGCAUAGAUAUAUGUAUGAAAUUGAAGUAUUAAAAUUUCCAAAACUACGUCUGAMUUUA